CUUGUGUCGCGCUGUGGUUCCAGGUGAAUGUUACUCCUCUCCACGACCGCUUUUCCCAGCGCGCCGGCAAAAUUCCAGUUCCUUGUUCUGUCCCUAAGGGCACUCAGGAGCGGGACCACCGAGAAAGCCUGCUCUGCCAGUAAAACCAUAAACAUGAAGAAAUUAAAGCUUAAAGAACUGGAAAGCUGUCUUCAACAAGUUGAUACUUUUGAAAAUCCAAAACUACUCCUUGAACAGUAUCCAACAAGACCUCAUAUUGCAGCAUGUAUGCUUUAUACAAUUCACAAUACUUAUGAUGAUAUUGAAAAUAAAACAAUUGCAGAUUUAGGAUGUGGUUGUGGCAUGCUCAGCAUUGGAAGUGCAAUGUUAGGAGCAGGAUUCUGUGUGGGCCUUGACAUAGAUGCAGAUGCACUAGAAAUAUUUAAUAGCAAUAUUGAAGACUUUGAGCUUUCGAAUGUCAACGUGGUUCAGUGUGACAUCUGUUCUCUAUCUGACAGCAUGUCAGAUACUUUUGACACAGUUAUUAUGAACCCUCCGUUUGGUACCAAGCAUAACAAAGGAAUUGAUAUGAUUUUUCUGAAAACUGCUCUACAAAUGGCAAAAACAGCUGUAUAUUCCCUUCACAAAACUUCAACACGAGAGCACAUUCAAAAGAAAGCAGCAGAAUGGGAAGUGAAGAUGGAAGUCUUAGCAGAACUUAGGUUUGACUUACCAGCAUCAUACAAGUUCCAUAAGAAGAAAUCAGUUGACAUUGAAGUGGAUUUCAUAAGAUUUUCUGCCAAAAAAGUCCUGAACUGAGGCAUGUAUUUAAAAUCUAUUGAAAAUGGAACAAUA